CGCCCACCCGGAAGUACGCACACAAACUCAGUAGAGCUUUCGAUUCUGCAACGUGUGCACAGGUAACAGCAGUUUAGUUACUUUGAGGUCGUUAACUGUCCCUCAGCAUUCACUUUUAAACGGAUUCCCUCCCGUCGUCGCGUGACGAGUCUCGUGAGUUAUGCAGAACAAACGAAACAGAAGUGUUGAAGGCAGCAGGUGAGUGCUGGACAAGCUGUGCCAUUUACUCCGUCCCGAUUGCUCCUUUGCUGCUCAGUGGCACUACAAGACGAAGAGGAGGGAUUAAGAAUGGAGGAUGCAGAGAAAGCGAAGCUGGAGGAGCUGCUGAUGUGCCCAGUGUGCCAGGACAUCUUUAAGGAUCCCCGGCAGCUGCCCUGCGGACACAGCAUGUGUUUGGCCUGUCUGCAGAACGUCAUGGAUCACUCCUCAGAUGUUCCCUUCCGUUGUCCAGACUGCAGGACACAUUUUGGACCGAUCAUUGGGGUGCAUAAGAGCUUUGCACUGGCCAACAUCGUGGAGGACUUCAGGAUGAACAUGAGGAGGAGGCAGGAAGCGCAGUCAAAAUGUGUGUACUGCGACUGCUGCCCGGAGAAGAAAACUCUGGCCAUCAAAACGUGUCUGAAGUGUGAGGUGUCGCUUUGCCAAGAGCACGUCAAAGACCACCAGGAGCUGCCCGUGUACACGGGGCACCCCUUGGUGAUGCCUCUGGGUGACCUCCUGGAGAGGAAAUGCCCACAGCACGAGGACGAGGUGCUGAGGUACUACUGCAACAGCUCCAGGCGCUACCUCUGCAACGUUUGCUCCCUGGAGAGCAAACAGCACAACCUGGCCACUGAGGCCUCUUUUGUCCUGCGGAGACAGCUGACUGAGUACAUGGACCAACGCUUUGAAGCGCUUAAGGAGCAAAUCGGAGAAUCCUUUGAGUCGGUGAAAAAACUGCAGAAAGACCUAACCCAUGAAAAACGGACAGUGAAACCGGUCGGGUCGUCCCUUAAUAACGUCACAGUGAUUCUUCUCUGUCUGUGGGUCAUUGUGUUGUUUUAUGCUUACAACUACUCUGUGGAAAUCCAGACACUCACCGAGAUGCUGGAUGCCCAGCAGAACCGCGUGCAUCACCUUCACUCCGCCAUCGUGGAACUCUUGAUGAAUCAUCCAAAAAUGAGCCACAGACCUGCAGGGACAGAAGAGCCCGAUACAAGAUAUGAUCUUGUGAAACUUUGGAAUGAAAACCUUAGUUAAAGGCAUUGCAGAGGGAACUACGCAUUUGAGUAAACCGACGGGUCCGAUCGAGAGGCGUCAGAACACGGUUCUGUCCGUGGGAUGCUGGCGAGGGAGAAAGUCGUGGUUCUCAUCAAAGGGAAAAAAACAGACCAAGUGUGCUUUUCCAAGCAGAUUCAUUUCCUAGUGAUUAGCACACGUGGGGUGAUGUGAACAUGGUCGUUCCCAGCACUGUUAUCAUUGUCCUAAUAUCCAGGUUUCUGAUCGUCGUUCCCUCAAUAGUUGAGGCUGAAGUCUGUUUUUUCUCGCUACCUGCUCUGCUGCAGGGCAGGUAGCUUACUUCUCUGGUUUCAUUCCAUCUUCUCUUCAAUAAUAAAAUGAUCAUCACUUUUCAUCACUAUUGUUCAAGUUUCACACGUAUUUCAGCAUGAACUUUUCCUUUUUCUGAUUUCUUGAUUUGAGGAAACACUUGAGAGAAUGAAUCAGAUUCCUGAAGGUGUUGUCAAGGUCUCUUUAAUCUCUUUAAUCUGUCAUAUCUUUUAUUGGAUAAAAACAAUGAUUCUGUGCAUAGUGUGGUUGUUAUGCUGCCCAGAGGCAUAAAUUUGAGGGCUAUUUAGAUUUUGCAGAACAAGUGACAAUUACAGAAUAAUCUGUCAAAAGUAAAAUACAUGUCCAGCUGAUGUGGUGGGAAAAUAUAUUUUUUUUACUUUGUGAUCUGAAAUAAAGAAUACCAAUAAAACAGAAUUUUUCUUUAAAAUGUUAUUAUACCUGCAAGAAGAGGCACAGUUGUACAACUUCACAAAGAGUCUACAGAAACUAAAAUGUGUUAUCAAGGGUGAGGGGCCCAGUGUGCUGGACCAUCCUUAAUGCAUAGAACAUGUCAAGUUCUAUACAACCCA